AUGUCUGCUUUCAAAAGCAAAGUUGCGGAACUGGCUAGUGCAUUCACUCUACAAGCUCCCAGUGCAGAUGCUCCUUUAGAUGUGUUGGGGGACUGGGGACACGAAGUUGUGCGAUUUCUGUCACCUCCUGCUCUUGUCCUUGUGCACCCCUCACCACCCUCGACAACUCUGCAGCUACCUGCCUUGCUUUGGCUUAGGAAGAAAUAUAACAAGUUUAAUAAGGCCCUCAAACAGUCUGGUGCUGGAAUGACAUAUGAGGACCUGCAGAAGGACCCAGAGACAAAAACACUGAUUGAUUCACAACUCAAAAAGUUCCCAUGGUGGCCAGACCUCCACAGCUGGUGGAGAACUAAUCCAGCAUUCAACACCACAUCAUCAUCUGCAGAUCCCAGACAAAACUUUGAAUCCAAUGCACUACAAUACUUUAGCAGGUCUGGCAGCAAUAAUGCACAAGUCCCUGAUGAAAAUGACCCUGACAUAGAUGAUGAAUUAGAACUAGAGGAGGGGGAAGUUGAUGAGACCAAAGAUACCUAUCGAGAAGGUCUUGAUCCUGUUCUUCUUGCAGACAAAAUUGUGGAGGAACCCAUUGAUGAAGAUACCAUCAUGAUGGGGCCCACAGAUCAGUCCAUCACUCAUGGAUCUACUUCUGCCAUAUUUCCUCCCUUCCUGUGUCUUCGUCCUCCUAUCACUCCAAUCUCAAUAUAUCCUUCUGAUCAAAAUAUAUUCUCACUCAACUCUCCAGAGCCUCUGCCUGAUGACAGCAAUGUCCAGUCUGACAGCUGUCACUCAUUUUUCUCAGGUCUCAAGAAAUCUGCUUCCAGCUGUGAUGCCACACCACAGGACUCAGAAGAUUCUGAUAUCAGUGCUAGCCAUGCAAUGCAGGGCCUUCAUGUCAACUCUUGCCAUGCAAGUCCUUCCAUUUGGGGAUGUUCAGCAGUGCAAGUCAUGAAACUGUCUGGAACAUCCCCUCAGAGUGGGUCACCUCAAUCAUCCCAUCCCCCAUCACACAAGUGCACCAACAACAGUCAGACUUCUAUUGCCACUGAGCACCUUUCUGAAACAGCAGAUGUGCUUAUCUAG